AUGCAGAAGAAUUAUGGGCACAAAAAAAGAAAAAAAAGAAAAAGAAAAAAAAAGGAAGAAAAAAACGAGCAGCUCGAUGCGCUGGUCCAAAAGUGCUACGAAACGGUUGGAGAAGAACUGGCCCACUACAAGAAGGGCAAGUUACACAGGGCGUUAACCGUUCUGGUCAAAUCGCCAAGAUGGUUCGACCUGCUCCUACUAACCAAGCCGAAAAGGUGGACCACGCAAGCUACUUUUGAAGUUACUAGACUUUUCUCAUCAGGAUUGAAGGAAAAGGAAGUGUGUAUAUACUACGAGUUUAUUCUGCUUCCGAUCAUUCUUGACAAUAUCGAGAGGAACAAGAAGCUAGAGACGUUUUUGUACAAAACGCUGAUUAAAGCUUUGUACAAAUCGAAGGCCUGGAUGAGGGGGAUGCUGUAUCCCCUUCUGCGUCGGGUAGGUCUGAGUUUGUAUAAAUGUUAG